UCCCGUCUCCCCUCGCCCCCCAACUCCCACUCCCACGGCCCCCCCCCCAUAAUUUGGGUACAUUUUGCCGAAGCUUUUGGUUCCUUAUCCGGGGACUGGGCUGGCGGGUGUGAUUGGCCGCGGAUGUCACAUGGUGAAAGUAACUUUACGGGGUCGCCAGCUAGUAGGAGGGCUUUAUGGAGCAGAAAAACGACAAAGCGAGAAAAAUUAUUUUCCACUCCAGAAAUUAAUGAUCAUGAGCUCUUAUUUGAUGGACUCUAACUACAUCGAUCCGAAAUUUCCUCCAUGCGAGGAAUAUUCGCAAAAUAAUUACAUCCCAGACCACAGUCCGGAAUAUUAUAGCCGGACAAGGGAGUCCAGCUACCAGCAUCACCACCAGGAGCUGUACCCAGUGCCACGACCCUCCUUCCCCGACCGCCCGUUCAGCUGCGGGGGGCUCCCCGCACCCGGCAACCCGGCCGCUCUCCAAAGGGGACCGGGGCAAACUCCAGGAGGCCACCACCUCUCAGAGAAAGCCCAGCAGCUCUGCGAGCAGGCUGCUCUGUCCACCUCCUCCACCACUCCUUCCCCAGCCCCUCCAGCCUGCAACCAGCCAAACCCCGACCAUCCCACCAGCACAGCUUCCAAACAGCCCAUAGUCUAUCCCUGGAUGAAAAAAAUCCACGUCAGUACUGUGAAUCCCAAUUACAAUGGAGGCGAACCCAAGAGAUCCAGGACAGCCUACACCAGGCAGCAGGUUUUGGAGCUGGAGAAGGAGUUUCACUAUAACAGGUACCUGACCCGGCGGCGGCGCAUCGAGAUCGCCCACUCGCUUUGCCUCUCCGAGCGCCAGAUCAAAAUCUGGUUUCAGAACCGCCGCAUGAAAUGGAAAAAAGACCACAGGCUCCCCAACACCAAAGUACGAGCGGCCACCACGACGGCAGCCACGGUCGCCACCGCCGUCGCCACCGUCGCCCCCUCCGCCGCCGCC